GCCAAUGAGAAGCGCUGCAGGAUGUGUGAGUGAGCGCUGAUUGGCUGCGUGCUGUGAAGGCAUUCGCUUUGCUGGAGGAGCGCUGGUACAGUGAGGGGAUGAGAGUGGAGGCGCUGAGCAGGCAGCAAGAUGGCGUACCAGACCUUCCGGCAGGAAUACAUGCAGAUCCCCCCUGUCACCAGAGCCUAUACCACAGCGUGUGUGCUCACCACGGCCGUAGUGCAAUUAGAACUCAUUACACCGUUUCAACUGUACUUCAACCCAGACUUGAUAUUUAGGCAUUACCAGGUAUGGCGAUUAAUAACAAACUUCUUAUUUUUUGGAGCCGUUGGAUUCAAUUUUUUAUUUAAUAUGAUUUUUCUAUAUCGAUACUGCAGGAUGCUUGAAGAAGGAUCCUUUAGAGGUCGAACUGCAGAUUUUGUAUUUAUGUUCCUGUUUGGUGGUCUUUUAAUGGCUAUCUUUGGCCUGUUUGUCAGUUUAGUUUUCUUGGGCCAAGCGUUCACGAUAAUGCUUGUGUAUGUGUGGAGCAGAAGGAAUCCUUAUGUCCGUAUGAACUUCUUUGGUCUUCUGAACUUUCAAGCACCUUUCCUGCCUUGGGUGCUCAUGGGAUUUUCAUUGUUACUGGGGAACUCCAUUAUAGUGGAUCUUCUAGGUAUUGCAGUUGGGCACAUAUAUUUCUUUUUAGAGGAUGUGUUUCCCAAUCAACCUGGAGGAGGAAGAAUUCUUAAAACCCCUUAUGUAUUAAAAGCAAUAUUUGACACUCAAGAAGAAGACCCAAAUUACAAUCCACUCCCUGAAGAUCGACCUGGAGGAUUUGCGUGGGGUGGAGGUCAAUGAUUUUAAAGUUAUUGAGACUGGUGCCAACAUUCAAAUGCAACAGGGAAGCAAAGUUAUUUUAUUACCUUGUGGGACACAUUCUCCCUGUUGCAAGAGACAGCUUUCACAUUUCUCCAGAGCCGGAAGCACUUUAUGAUCCAUUGACUCGCCCAUGGAGACCUUUUCAACUACCCAUCAGUGCCUCUGAGUUGAGGUUUUGCUUGCAUUGGUACUUGAACCUUUUGGAUCCAAGAAACUGGAAACAAAUGCUAGUCAACAAGGCCAUGCAUAGUUGUAUAAUGGUUUUUAAAGUUGUUGUGUGUAUUUUUCUUAAGUUCUUUGAUACAAAAGAUAAUGUAUGACAGUCUUUAAAAGACACAUGAAAUCAACAAAACUCAGUUGUGAUAUUUGUGAUCUUUGUAUAUAUAUAUAUAUAUUUUUUUUUUAUUGAUUUGGGUAAAAAUAUCCAUGAUACUACAACUAGAUGAGUUCUUUCACUAGUGGCUUUGCUUUACCAAUAUUCUCAGAUUGUAAAGUAAGACGGUUAGCUGAUAUGUCAGAUAUUACGUGAUUUAUUUUAUUACUUUUUACAAGAUUUAUAGAGGAGUUUUAUAUAAACUUUCAGAUGAACACAGGCAUGUAUAUAACUUGAACGAAUAUUAAUACAGAUUCGAUUCCAUUGUCCAUGUGUGUGCUGAAAUUGGUAGAGUCCCUGAACAAAAGGUUACCUAUGGCUUAUUGCCUCCUUUUUGUAAACUAGGAUAUUUUGAGGUUAAAAAGAAACUAAAGUAUAAAUAGUACUGGUACAAACAAACUUUAAUAUUUUGGAUGUCUCU